AUGACACCAACCACUGCCGCCCCUACCACCGGCAAACAACGUUACUCCAGCGACUUUCCACCACUAGCACCACCUCUUCUGUUCACUUCGGCUACCGUCUCCUCUGUUCACUUCUGCUACCGUCAUCUCCGAUCUCCGAUGAACCACCAAGAUCAUAGAGCACCGCUAACCGCCACCGUCGCUGCUGCCUUGCGCUCCGGUGAAACACCGACAACUCGUCUCAAUCUCUCUCUCUCUCUGAUUUCCAGUAAAACACCACCAUAUAUGUAUCAGGUAUGUUGA